UUAAAUACCGCGACCAGUACGACGGGGCCAGCACUGUCUCUCAGUCCGGGCGUUCCUUCUGUGCUGCUAUUCCACAGCGAUAUUCCACAGCUUGUCUGGAGCGGUUCUUUUGUGUUUUUUUUGUGUGACAAGGACGGAGCGAGAAGAUCAGACGAUGGAUUUGCGGGGCGUUCUGCGAGGACCGUGGGUGGUCGUGCUCCUGCUGUUUUCUUUCGUGCCGUCGGAAGGACAAGCCCCUCCCUCCACGGAGAACCUCGUCCUGUUCCCUCCCGGUCGGCCAAGCAAGGACAACCUCCCGGGCAUCUGCAACAACGGGCUCCAUCGCCCUCCCUACCGGCUCGACUCCCUGCCCACGCCUGGGUACAGUUACCUGCGGCGCCAAGCGACGGCCGUCAACAACCUGGAGGAGCUGUACCGGGGCUGCUGCAGGAGCUACGGGACUCAGGACGACGCCCUGACCCUGAAAUGCGCGCAGGGAGCGUGGGAGACGGCGCUCUCUGAAUUCUGCGAGGAGGAGUACUCUGUGAAGACCAGGUUCUACCACUGCUGCCAAAACGACGUCGAUUUCGGCUGCUUCGAGAAGUGGGCCCCCAAUCCGUCCUACCAGCACCCGGUGCCCCAAAAACAGACGUGAGUGCAUUCGCUGAAUUGUGGCGUUUUGGCGCCACCUCCAGGUCAUCUCAGGCAUGGAAACUGUGGCUGUAAGAUUUCUUCCGGAUCCACUGGCAGAAGACUAAGCAUCCCUUUACACACAAUUCUAGUAACACUGAUUUCUAUAAACUGGGCAUAUCAAACAUAACUCACUUUUAAUGGGCUGAUAUAAUUGGUAUAUAAGCUAUAAACUAUCUGAAUAUAUUGUGGGGGAAAAUCACUGAGAUUCAAAUGGAAUUAUUGCAGGUAUUAUUUUUUCAAAACUUUUUUUUCUUCUACUAUAUUAUGCUGCCACUUGUUUUUCUUCUUUUACAUUUUCCUUUUUAGUUGGUGCAAAAGUGAAAAUGUACUUUCAACAUGUAAAAAUAAAGUCCUGAAAGUAACCCAGUACAUACAAUAUGCUUGACCAACACUAUGUACUCUUAACAGACAUGAAAAUAAACAUAUGAUAUAAACAACAAUAA